GGUUACUGGGGAGUUACUCAGAAGGGAAGGGAAGGUGUGGUUGAGUGGCGGAGUUUUUGCUUUCCUUCUUUUAACGUUCACAGCCAAAGCGAAGACCUUUGGGGACUGCCAGGGUCUCAGCCACCAUCCUGGAAAACGGCGGGGGAGGUGGGCCUGGAGGUGGCAGUCAAAUCUGAAGUGAAAUGUGGCUCAGGGCCGUCAUUGCUCCUUGCAGAAGGGGCUGCGGGGGAGGGAGACGACCUGCGCCCGGCUCUGGGGAGCGGGCGACGCCGUGAAGGCGGCUGAGGCCGAGUUGCGCCCCGACAGUCGCCAGAGGCCGUGGGAAGGGCUGGGACCGUCUCUGAACGCAAUGUACUGCCCACAUCCGGCCCCCGCCGUGUCAGCGCUGAGCGGCGCGGAGAAGUGGUUGCUCUCCCUUACUCGGCCACGCCGGGGGUCGUGGCCCGGGAGCCGGCCUGGAGAAGUCCCGGCUGCCCGGCGCCCAAAACAGGGGCGUGCGCUUCCACGACCUUGGGCAGCAGCCCCGGGUCUUUCUGCUCAGUCAGUCCCAGACUGAGGAGGCUUCUGGGAGCGGGUUUAAAUGGGCAGCUGUGACGUCUCGCCUCAUUCACCCACACCUCCAGGCUUCUCCCCCGCACAUCCUCCUCCAUCCACCCGGUUUCUCCCUAGACGGGUGUGCUCGUGUGUGCGACCGAAGGAGGGAGAGCGAGAGAUCCGCGAAGGGACAGGCUCGGAGUCGCUAGAGGGAGGUGUGGGACCGGCGAGGAGGGGGCUUCGCCCGGGAGGGGUGCUGGCGGGCGGAGGGAGCGGCGGGAGGAGGCGCCGGGGGAGGAGACGGAGGCCGGGGACGGCAGAGGAGGCUUCGCCCGAGCCGAGCGCCGUGUCUCUUGCCGCGCCGUCUUGAAGCCGCGCGGGCUCGUGAGCAGCGCGAGGCCGCCACGGUGCCUGGCUUCGCCGGAGCCGCUGCCGCCCACUGACGGGAAGCCGGUCCCGGGCGCGCACGCUCUCCCGAGCCCCGGCGGGCUCCGCGCCUCAGCCUGCCCGCAGCUGCCGCUGGGCUCCGGCUGUCCGCUCCGGGCUCCCCGGCCUCGGCCCUGCUGCACUCCGCCUCCGCCCCCUCGGACUCCCUCCCCUCGCUUCUGCCCCUCCUGCCCCAGUGCGGAUCGUUUCGCAACUGCUAGCCACUCGCCCCGUGCCCGGCUGUUUUUCCAUAUCCCGGUCCCCUCUUCUUGACUACUUUACCCCCUGCAUUUGGGGACAGGGACUGGAAAAGGGGCGGGUGGACCGUCCAGUGGAGAAGAAGAAGCCAGGCCCGCAGGAGGAGGCGGAGGAUCGGCGGACCGUGGGGAGGAGACCCCACGCCACCCCUUCUGGUCAUCUCUCUCCCGCCCCGCCCCUGCGCACACUCCCUCGCGGGCGAGCUACUUUCGGACUAGGAAAGUAAGGGCGGCCCUGGGUGACAGCGCCGCGGGGCCAGUCCCAGGGUUAGCUGCGUGUCUGCUCUCUUCUCCUCCGUCGCACUCCCAGCCAGGGCGCAGCCCGGACCGAGGAUGGCUUCGACCACCACCUGCACCAGGUUCACGGACGAGUAUCAGCUUUUCGAGGAGCUUGGAAAGGGGGCAUUCUCAGUGGUGAGAAGAUGUAUGAAAAUUCCUACUGGACAAGAAUAUGCUGCCAAAAUUAUCAACACCAAGAAGCUUUCUGCUAGGGACCAUCAGAAACUGGAAAGAGAAGCUAGAAUCUGCCGUCUUUUGAAGCACCCUAACAUUGUGCGACUUCAUGAUAGCAUAUCAGAAGAGGGUUUUCACUACUUGGUGUUUGAUUUAGUUACUGGAGGUGAACUGUUUGAAGACAUAGUGGCAAGGGAAUACUACAGUGAAGCUGAUGCCAGUCAUUGCAUUCAGCAGAUCCUGGAGGCUGUGCUACACUGCCAUCAGAUGGGCGUGGUCCAUCGGGACCUGAAGCCUGAGAAUUUGCUUUUAGCUAGCAAAUCCAAGGGAGCAGCUGUGAAAUUGGCAGACUUUGGCUUAGCCAUAGAAGUUCAAGGCGACCAGCAGGCGUGGUUUGGUUUUGCUGGCACACCUGGAUAUCUUUCUCCAGAAGUUUUACGUAAAGAUCCUUAUGGAAAACCAGUGGAUAUGUGGGCAUGUGGUGUCAUUCUCUAUAUUCUACUGGUGGGGUAUCCACCCUUCUGGGAUGAAGACCAACACAGACUCUAUCAGCAGAUCAAGGCUGGAGCUUAUGAUUUUCCAUCACCGGAAUGGGACACGGUGACACCGGAAGCCAAAGACCUCAUCAAUAAAAUGCUUACUAUCAACCCUGCCAAACGUAUCACAGCUUCAGAGGCACUCAAACACCCAUGGAUCUGUCAACGUUCUACUGUUGCUUCCAUGAUGCACAGACAGGAAACUGUAGACUGCUUGAAGAAAUUUAAUGCUAGAAGAAAACUAAAGGGUGCCAUCUUGACAACUAUGCUGGCUACCAGGAAUUUCUCAGCAGCCAAGAGUUUGUUGAAGAAGCCAGAUGGAGUAAAGAUAAACAACAAAGCCAACGUGGUAACCAGCCCCAAAGAAAAUAUUCCUACCCCGGCGCUGGAGCCCCAAACUACUGUAAUCCACAACCCUGAUGGAAACAAGGAGUCAACUGAGAGUUCAAAUACAACAAUUGAGGAUGAAGAUGUGAAAGCACGAAAGCAAGAGAUUAUCAAAGUCACUGAACAACUGAUCGAAGCUAUCAACAAUGGGGACUUUGAAGCCUACACAAAAAUCUGUGACCCAGGCCUUACUGCUUUUGAACCUGAAGCUUUGGGUAAUUUAGUGGAAGGGAUGGAUUUUCACCGAUUCUACUUUGAAAAUGCUUUGUCCAAAAGCAAUAAACCAAUCCACACUAUUAUUCUAAACCCUCAUGUACAUCUGGUAGGGGAUGAUGCUGCCUGCAUAGCAUAUAUUAGGCUCACACAGUACAUGGAUGGCAGUGGAAUGCCAAAGACAAUGCAGUCAGAAGAGACUCGUGUGUGGCACCGCCGGGAUGGAAAGUGGCAGAACGUUCAUUUUCAUCGCUCGGGGUCACCAACAGUACCCAUCAAGCCACCCUGUAUUCCAAAUGGGAAAGAAAACUUCUCAGGAGGCACCUCUUUGUGGCAAAACAUCUAAGGCCUGAAAACCAUUCACAUAUGGGUCUUCUAAAUAUCAACAGUGCCACUUCUGCAUUCUCUGUUCUCAAGGCACCUGGAUGGUGACCCUGGGCCGUCCUCUCCUCCUCUUCAUGCAUGUUUCUGAGUGCAUGAAGUUGUGAAGGUCCUACAUGUAAUGCAUAUGUGAUGCAUCAUCUUAUCAUAUAUUCCUUCCUAUACAUUGUUUACACUUCAACUACGGGGAUGUUCCAUGCAAACUUAAAUUACUGUUGGCAAAACAAUAGGGGGAGAUUAGACCAAAAAAAAAAAAAUUCACGAAAUUCCAAGUACAACUCUUCAUCAAGUUUCUCUGUUAAUGCCAAGAUUUAACAGACUUAAGAACUAUUGUUCUCUGAAUGACAGUUUGUAAGAGAAAUGUAAAUUUUUUAGAACUCUUUGCUGUUAAUCUGUUUUGGCUUGUUUUUGUUUUUAAAAAAUGG